AUGCCAACGCUUCCCCCGAUCCGGAUCCGAAAUCGCCGUCGCCGGACAUCGGGCCAAACCCGCCGCCGGCUGCGGGCGAGGAUUUUGCGUAUCCUUGAAUUCAUCAGUGUGGCAGUGGGACUGGUCAGUAUUAGAGGCGUGGACAGUGGCCUUUACCUUGGAAUGAAUGACAAGGGAGAACUCUACGGCUCUGAGAAGCUAACUUCUGAGUGCAUCUUCAGGGAGCAGUUUGAGGAAAACUGGUACAACACUUACUCAUCCAACGUGUACAAACAUGGAGACUCGGGACGGCGAUACUUCGUAGCACUUAACAAAGAUGGUACUCCCAGAGACGGGGCAAGGUCCAAAAGACACCAGAAAUUCACUCAUUUCUUGCCCCGGCCUGUGGAUCCUGAACGAGUUCCAGAACUGUACAAAGACGUGUUAGGAUACAGUUGA